AUGGGAUUAACCCUAAUGAGAAGAAAGAAAGUUGCCAACGCAAGCAUGGCAACGACGGAGGGUGGUUUAGCUCCAAGCAGCGAUGACAUGCCAGUGGGCGGACCCAAGACGCCCCAACAGAUUGCUGCCCAGCGCCGUCUUCAACAGACACAGGCGCAAGUCGAUGAGGUGGUGGAUAUUAUGAAAACAAACGUCGAAAAGGUGCUGGAGAGAGAUCAGAAGCUUUCAGAACUUGAUGACCGAGCAGAUGCACUGCAACAAGGCGCUUCACAGUUUGAACAACAAGCUGGCAAGCUGAAGAGCAAAUUUUGGUUGCAGAACUUAAAAAUGAUGAUAAUCGCAGCUGUCAUUGGAAUAAUAAUUUUGGCUCUAAUCAUUGGUAAGUAA